AUGAGUCCAGUGGAGCAGGAUCUAAACGAGAUAGUAGUGAACGAUGAGGGUAUAGAAAGCAGCACUAUAGAAAAUGGAGAUCAUUCCGUGUCAGAACAAGAAGUGUCCACUAUUGGGGCAAUUGAUAAAUUGUCGGAUGUCAAGCCCAAUCAGGACAACGAAACUACUGAUGCUUUAUCGGUUUUAGAUAUCAAAAUGAUGGACCAGGCACAUUUGGAGAAGGAAGUUGCAAAUGAUGCCGAUGUGGCGAUUUUAAGACAAGAGCUUGAGAUGGAGCAAAAGAGAUUAUCAAAGGCCAAUGAUAGGUACCUAAAGUAUAAAGGGAAAUUGUUGACAUUAGAGAAAAAACUUCAAGGCCCAAAUUUAAAGAUAUCAGAGAAAACCAGAUUGGAAGUACAGAUUGAAGAACUUCAGGAUAAUGAAAUUGUGACUUCUUUACGUGACGUCAAUGAGAUCAAGACUCGUAUGAGAGAUAUUGAACUAAUGCUUCAUUCGAAAUACGAUGAUGUAAAUGAUGCAACAGAAAAACUUCCAGACGAAACUAAAGAGGAGUUUCUUAUAAGAAUAGGUAAAAUUACAGCUUUUGGUACUAGCAACGCGUUUAUUGAGGAAGCGUCAGACGUACAAGCCCCAACGCAUAAAAAUCUAGUAAUGCCCGGUUUCAAUAGCGUGCAAGUAAUAGAUAGUGAGUCAGCGAAAGUGAUUGACAUUGCAAACAUGUACGGGAAAAAUCCGUCAAAUGAUGAAGAAAAUGAUCCAGAUUUUAAGAUCGAUUACGAUGAAAUCAAUAGUGACGGCGUAGUAGAUGACAGUGAGGAGCUUGAUGAAAUUUUGAACCGUGAAGGUGAAGGAAAGGUUAAAAUGGGCAAGAAUAAUAGGAAAGGAUUCAAGCGGAAGUCGUUGGACGAAGAAGAAGAUCGAAAUAUUGAUGACGGCGAUGAAUUUGCCUACAAACGAAGACUCAAUGAAUGGAUCUCUCAGAGGUCCUACUUACGGAGAAAACAUAUGCCUGAAUAUGUUGAAGACCCAAGCGUUCCAGAAUGGGAAAAACCUCAUCCCACCAUCAGGGAUGCAAUCUUGAAUGAUAGCUUCAAAUUACCUGGAGAUAUACACCCGAGUUUGUUUGACUACCAGAAGACCUGCGUCCAAUGGUUAGCUGAGCUAUAUAACCAAAAGACUGGUGGAAUAAUUGGAGACGAAAUGGGGUUGGGUAAAACAGUUCAGAUUAUUUCAUUUCUUGCGGGAUUGCACUAUAGCGGGAACAUGAAACACCCUAUUCUAGUAGUAUGUCCGGCAACUGUUUUGAAGCAAUGGUGUAAUGAAUUCCAUCGGUGGUGGCCACCAUUCCGGGCCAUUAUUUUACAUUCAAUUGGUGAGGGGAUGAACAGACAUAAAAGAAGUAAACAUAACCGCAGUGAUCUAGAAGAGCUAGAAUUGAAUAUCGAGAAUGAGGAAUAUGGUUCUGUUCAGACUUUAGCUAAAACCAAAGAUAACAAAACUGUUCAAGAGUUGGUGGAUAAAGUCGUCAAAGAAGGGCAUGUAAUUAUCACCACAUAUGCAGGUGUCAGAAUAUAUGCAAAGUAUUUGUUACCCGUAAGAUGGGGCUACGCUAUUCUCGAUGAAGGGCAUAAAAUCAGAAACCCAGACAGUUUCAUCACAAUUACAUGCAAGCAAUUGAAGACACCCAACAGAAUAAUCUUAUCAGGUACACCAAUACAAAAUAACUUGGUCGAACUAUGGAGCUUGUUUGACUUUGUUUUCCCGGGAAGAUUAGGUACAUUGCCUGUAUUUCAAAAACAAUUUUGUGUGCCUAUAAAUCUUGGUGGAUAUGCCAAUGCUACUAAUGUUCAAGUACAAGCUGGAUUCAAAUGCGCAACGGUUCUAAAAGAUUUGGUCUCACCGUACUUGCUCAGAAGAGUUAAGGCAGAUGUUGCAAAAGACUUACCUAAAAAGACAGAAAUGGUUUUAUUUUGUAAAUUAACAGAAGAACAGAGAAAAUUAUACCAGAGGUUUCUUGAUUCAGGUGAUUUUAAAAAAAUCUUAUCAGGUAAAAGAAACGCAUUAUAUGGAAUAGACAUGCUUAGAAAGAUCUGCAACCACCCACAGCUUGUUGACUUAAACACGAAAGACAAGAAGAUAAUAAAACUGCCAAAAGUUAAAGAAUUGGCGUCAAAGUCGGGGAAAAUUCAGGUUGUAUUGGCUUUAUUGGAGCUAUGGACAAAGGAAGAACGCAAGACUUUAAUUUUCACUCAAACUAAACAGAUGCUAAACAUUUUGAAUCAGCUGUUAGAUAGCUAUAAUAAAGAGAACGGACAAAGGUAUAACUACAUGCGAAUGGAUGGCUCUACCCCAAUAAUUCAAAGACAAGAACUGGUUGACCAGUUUAACAAAAAUCCAGUUUACAAUGUAUUCCUACUAACAACUAAAGUAGGUGGGUUGGGUGUAAACUUAACGGGAGCAUCAAGAGUCAUUAUUUAUGAUCCAGACUGGAAUCCAUCAACCGACAUGCAAGCUAGAGAAAGAGCAUGGAGACUAGGUCAGAAGCAGGAUGUUGCAAUAUAUAGGCUUAUUAUGGCAGGUUCCAUUGAAGAGAAGAUAUACCAUAGACAAAUAUUCAAGCAAUUUUUGACAAACAAAAUUUUGAAGGAUCCCAAACAAAAGAGAUUUUUUAAAAUGACCGACAUGUACGAUCUAUUUACCCUUGGUGAUGACCAAGUCAAAGGUACUGAGACUGCAGAUUUAUUUGGUGCUGAAGAAAAAACAUUUGAUGGUAUUAAAGAGCGGAAGACAAAAUUCAGGUCAAGAAAUUUAAACAGGUCUGGAGCUCAGAACUUAGACGAAGGUGAUAUAGAUUUCAUAGAAGCAACGAAAGCUGCCGGUGUUGCAUCAUUGGAAGAAUAUGAUGAAGAGCAAGUAAAGGAAAAGACAAUGUUCGAAGAUGAUGACAGCAGGGUCUUGGGAGAGUCACAUCGGCAACCAAAUGCUAAUAUCAUGUCUGAAAUAUUCCAAAAAUCGGGUAUUCAUUCAGCUGUUGAACAUGAGUCAAUAUUGGGGCAAGGUGAUAUCAGAACAUCAGCUUCCCAACUUUUAGUGGAUAAUGAAGCUACGCGGAUUGCCAACGAAGCCGUUAGUGCACUAAAGGCAUCACGAAAGCAAGCAAGGACAAAAAAGAUUGGUGUGCCAACAUGGACGGGUAAAUAUGGUGUAGCAGGUAAACUUGCUUCUGGGGGAAACAGGACUCGAGCAUUCAGUUCAGCCUUACCGAAUGGCGUCAGUGGUCGAGGUGGUUCGACCGCCCAGUCAUCUGCUACAAUUCUUUGGAAUCUGAAGCGAAUGGAUAAAUCAAAAUCUAGGAAGCAAGAACCGACAUCACAAGUGUUGAUAGACAAAUUGGUGGAAUAUAUGGCUAAUGUAGAAGGCAACUUCAGCAAAUCCAGGGAUAUAUUGGAAAACCUUGACAUCGAUGUUGGCGAUAAGAAAACUGUUGAUGUUAUCAGAAGCAUGAUCAAAGGGGUCUGCACGUGGGAUAGAGAUAGAAAGGGGUGGAUUCUAAAGACGGAAUUCAAGUAA